AUGUUUGCAGUAUUGGUAGCUGGAAGACCAGUACAAACAAGUUUUAAUAGAGUAUCAGAGUCUCAGUUUCUUCUGGAUUUGCUACCCUUAAAUGAUGUAAAUCACAUUGUUGUGUUUCUAACAGGAGAAACUGUCUUUCCGCCAAAUAUGGGUGGCGGGGUUUACCUGGGGAUUCAGCAAAAUGGGGUCCCUAACUGGCACUUUCUUGGUGUUCUAACGAACGAGAAGCCUAGCGCGAUAUAUAAAGUUGGCAAACUUGCUAAAAAUGCACAGCUUCAAAAUGUUAUACACCCAUUUGGCACUAAUGCCUCUUUUCAAUGCUCAAAUGGAGUCGUACCUGCUCAAAUAGGAAUUUCUGUUGAUCUUUUAACAAAUCUGCCACAACAAACAGAAGAAAUCACUCCUGAAUCAUCAGUUUCUGCUGAUAAGAUGACUCAGUUCACUCGAUUCGCAGCUGAAAGUUUAUUUAAUUAUGUUGCUAGUUUUGCACGUGAUAAUUCAACAUCUGAUCCUCUUGUACCAAUGUCAGCAAUUAAAAGAUGGUUUGAUACUAUGUUACAGAAACUCUCCCUUGAUGCAUCGUUUUGGCGAAAGUGA